AUGAACUCGUGGGAUGCUGAACGUCAACGCAAAUUAGACAGCGAAUUCGAUAAUGUAUAUCGCGAACAUGAACGACUCGAACAAGAUUUGGCUUCUAAUCAAUACCCAAACUAUCAACCACUCAUCGAUUCAAUUGAUAAAUGGGAACAAGACGCAAUAAAACGUAUACAAAAAACAGCAAAGAAAGCACGAGAUGACGUGCAAAGAGUGCUAAAAAAGACCAAACAACAGUUACAACACGCUUUGUACGAUACAGUUACAGAAGAAUUGCGCGACACGUUAGACAAGAAGAAUAAACUUACGGAGUUUUGUAUUGAUCAAUGGUUAGUCAAAUUAUCCGAACUUCGUAAACAAUACGAAAAUCUUUCUUCCUCGGUUCAAUUUUCAUAUAAAAAUGCUAUUCAAUUAAUUAGAAUAGAUGAAGCGAGCUUUGCUGGAAAUAAAUUUCCUGCUCGACCAUAUCGUUUCAAGAAAAUUCGUGGACGGGUAACGUUUUUCCAUGCUGAAUGUCUCAUCAGUUUCGACUCUCCAAGUGUUAUUUUAAGUCAAGACAAAUACUCAACUGGUACUCAUUAUUUUCAUUUUCGCGUGGAAAAAAGUGCUAAAGAACUAUUUUUCGGAUUUGUCAGCACUAUCGACUAUGAAAAUCUACAAAAGAAUCUUCAACCGAUCGAAUCUAUGUACGGUUGGUGGAAUAUCGACCGUCGCGUUCUAGGUGGUCGAAAGGAACCCUAUGUUUCUGCUUUAAACAUAUACGGUGGUGAUGAAAUUAUUCUCAUGAUCAAUUGUCGUGCAGGUGAAAUUUUCCUCGAAUAUCCAUCCAUGACGAAACUGAACUCCAUCAAAGUUCCAGACACAUUCCGUUCACAUUCAUGGCAAGUUAUGAUCGAAACAGGUCAACCUGGGAAAUGUUUACUUCGAAUACUCGACUGGGGUUUAGUAGCACACGGGAAAAAGUAUCCCGGAAAGCAUUUGCACUGUUUUUGCGAACCAACUUAA